GAAAAAAAAAAACCUGUCACUGUCAGUGGUAUUAAGAUUCCUUCCUUUUCAUGUUUAAGCUCAUAAGUCCUCUGCUUGCAAUGCAUGGACAAUGUCUGCUGCUCUGAGACUUAUCAGAAAAAUGCUGGUCCCAAGGAUAACUCUAGCAGCCUUUAUGCUCUUCAGCCAAUCUCAGUGUUCAACAAUAAACGAUUCCCCGUUUUCGCUCACUAACAAGGCCACUGGUUUUUGUUUGGUGAAAAAGCUAAACCGCUGCCUUGAUGUGCGCUGGACAACCAAUGAUCGACUUUUUGUUACCUCAACCAGAAAGUGCCUGGGAGCGCAGGGCAAAAGUGUGGGGAGCGAAGUAAGCCUCUAUGACUGCGACGACAAAAGUGAACUCCAAAAGUGGGAAUGCAAAAAUGAAACACUGCUUGCCCUCAAAGGCCAAAAGCUCUACAUUGAAAUAAAACCUGAUGAGUCAACCGCUCUCUCCAGAACUGUUGGGCCAAAUAACGAACUCACAAUCACAGGGACAUCCAGCGGUCCUUGCUCGAGAACAUAUAGAGAACUUUAUACCAUUGAAGGAAAUGCGUUUGGUAAGCCCUGCAUGUUUCCCUUCCAGUACAAAGACCGGUGGUUUGGAGACUGCACUACCUUUGACUCCUCAGCAAAACGUCUUUGGUGUGCAGUAGGAACAAAAUACGAACAUGAACAGUGGGGAUAUUGCCCAACUACUUCUACAGACCACUGGGCAAAAAACCUUGCAACUGGAGCAUUUUACCAGAUCAACACACAGUCAGUUCUGACGUGGGCUCAAGCUGAUACCAGCUGCAAACAGCAGGGGGCGUCCCUGUUCAGUGUCACAGACCCCAACCAGCAGGGUUUUAUUUCCGCACUACUGGGAUCAGGAAAACACAAACUAUGGAUCGGGCUGGUCCUGAACCCAGAACAUGGCUGGCAGUGGUCUGAUGUGAAGCCCUUGCGUUAUCUGAGAUGGGCUACAGGAAAUCCACUUCCUAAUCCGGGACACAACUGUGCAUUUCUUGACUCUGCUGGACAGUACACUUGGCAAAGUUCAUCCUGCUCCAAGAAACUGGGCUACAUUUGCUACAAAGACGGGGCUCCGCCAACCCCUCCGGAAAUUGAACAAGGAUUUUGUUCAAACCCUUGGAUUCCCUACAAUGGCCACUGCUUCCAUCUUCAUCGUCCUCUUCAAACAUGGUCUGAAGCUCAGAAAGAGUGCCGCAAAGAAGGAGGGGACCUAGUUAGUAUUCGCAAUGUGGAGGACCAAAGCUUUGUCAUCUCUCAACUUGGAUAUGCGUCCACCGAUGAACUGUGGAUUGGACUGAAUGACAUAAUGACAGAGGGGCUGUUUGACUGGAGUGACCACUCUACUGUCACCUUCACCAGCUGGGAGUAUGGAAAACCUACCAUCUCCACUGAUGCAGAGGACUGCGUUCUAAUCACAGGAGAGAAUGGGAACUGGGCAGAUCGCUCCUGUGAUGAGAAACAUGGUUUUAUCUGUAUGAAGCAGAGCACCACUGAACGCACCGGAGAUGAAGUAGAUAUGGAGCUCGGCUGCAAAGUUGGCUGGAAAAGGCAUGGGUCCUACUGCUACUUCAUAGGAACGGAGACAAAGUCGUUUGAUGAAGCCAAGGAGGACUGUGAGGCUUCUGGCUCCUACUUAGCGGAUGUCUCAAAUGGGGUGGAUAAUGCAUUCCUUGUCAGCUUGGUGGGGUUGAGACCAGAGAAAAACUUCUGGCUGGGCCUCUCAAAUCAAAAAAACAUUGAUGAAUUUGUGUGGACCAACUCACAACCAGUGAGGUUUACUCACUGGAAUGCACAAAUGCCAGGUUAUGAACAGGGCUGUGUGGCGAUGAGAAGUGGGAUUUUGGCUGGACUCUGGGAUCUGCUGCCUUGCACCAAUAAGGAGAAAUACAUCUGUAAACACCAAGCAGAUGGGGCAGUUUUAACCCCUGCUCCACCCACUCCGGCUCCUCCCAAGUGUGCGGAAGGUUGGACUCGAGUGGGAACAAGAAGCACCUGCACUAAGUUUUUUACAGGACCUCGAUCAGCUGAGAAAACCUGGUUCGAGGCCAGGGAUUACUGCAGGGCCAUUGGAGGAGACCUGCUCAGCAUCCACAGCAUGUCAGAGUUACAUGUGGGAAGCAGACAUGGCAGAGCCUGGAUUGGACUUCAUGCUCCUGACCCCACCACUGGUUAUAUGUGGAGUGACGGAUCCCCGGUUAACUUUCAGCACUGGCAAGCAGGAGAGCCAAACAAUCAUAAUAACGACGAAUCUUGUGCUGAAUACAGAAUAUACAGCUAUGAUGACACUGGGUCUUGGAAUGAUUUGAACUGUGAGAGCUACAAUGACUGGCUGUGUCAGAUCCGCGCAGGAGUGACUCCAAAACCACCUCCAAAUGAUACUGCCGUAGAGCUUAACACCACUUCAGAUGGUUGGAUUGAGUGGAGAGGGAAGCAGUAUUUCAUAAACAGAAACUCAAUGUACAUGGACGACGCUCGUCACUUCUGUCAGCAGAGACACGGUGACUUGGUGUCUAUCACCAGUAAGGAAGAAAAUGUCUUCUUAUGGAAACAGAUUUCCAGAAGCUACGGGUCCUUUUAUAUAGGCUUGUCAGUAGAUCUUGAUGGGUCAUUUUGGUGGAUGGAUGGCUCUCCAGUGGGGUUACAAAGAUGGGAUGAAAAUCAGCCCAGUACAAAUAACUUUGAUUCGAACUGUGUUACUAUGACUUAUUAUAUGGGUUUCUGGCAAACUUGUAAUUGUGGCCAAGAGCACCAGUUCUUUUGUAAACGAGGAAGCUCACCGCCUGUCAACACCACUGCUGCUCCCACAGUUCCUCCUAAAGGUGGCUGCCCACUCAAGUGGACCAAAUUUGACUCAAAGUGUUACAGUAUCAUAACUAACCGAGCGGCCACCUGGGAAGAAGCAAGGAGACAGUGCAUCACCAUGGGAGGCAAUUUAGUCUCGAUUCCCACAAGGCGUGUGCAAGCGUUUAUGAUCACCAAAAUGGCUGAGGUAGCAGCUACAGACCUCUGGAUCGGCUUGAAUAGUUUAAAACAAGAUGGAUUUUACUGGACUGAUGGAAAAGCAAGGAAAUAUACCAACUGGGGCUAUUCUAAAACUCGACGACGUCCAGGAACCUUUUAUCAAAGAUGGAAUGAGGAAGACUGUGUUGUGAUGUCCAGCAGUUCUAUUCUUGGCAUUGGUAAAUGGCUGAUUAGGUCCUGCAAUGACACCUACGGAUUCGUCUGUCUUCGAAAUGUUGACCCAAACAUCCCAUCUCAAUCAGAUACAAUCAUUCCGAGCAUCUAUGUACCUGUGGCAAAUGACAGCAUCAAGGCUGUCACUAAAAAUCUCACCUGGGAGGAUGCCAAAAAACACUGUGAGGGUGAAAAAGCCAACCUGGCCAGCCUGCGAAAUGAGUGGACACAGGCCUAUGUUGAGCUGCUGGCCAUGAAUCUUAAAGCUCCUGUGUGGAUAGGACUGAACAAAAACAAGACUGGCGGUUACUUUAGGUAUAUUGAUGGCUGGCACCUGUCCUUUGCCAGCUGGGCAGAAGGCGAACCAACCAGGAACCAACCUUGUGUGUACGUGGAUGUGGAUGGAAAAUGGAAGACUGCUUUCUGCAAUCAGACCAUGAACAGUGUUUGCAUGCAGACGACAGCUGUGCCACCGACAGAGUCAGCCAGCUUCCCAGGAGUUUGCCCUGAAGAAACACAUGAAGACUAUCAACCAAGUUAUUCCUGGCUGCCAUUUAAGGGUCAUUGUUAUUUGUUUAUCACAGAGGAAAUUGAAUGGGCAGAUGCAGCUAGUAGCUGUGUAAGGCAUGGUGGAAUCCUAGCCAGCAUUGAGGACCAUGAUGAGCAACAAUUCAUCAAAGGCAAUUUGGAAAUAUUCCAAGAAAGCCAUAGUGCUUUCUGGAUCGGCCUGUAUAAAACUCAUAAAGGGACAUGGAAGUGGUUGGACAAAACGGUCAUGGACUAUAUCAACUGGGCUCCAGAUGAGACUGAAUAUGACUAUGGAGAGGUCAGCACUUCAGAUGGGUUUUGGAAGUCUGGUCGCAGAUGGCACGACAGAGCGUACAUCUGUAAAACACCAAAAGUGAUGCUCAGAGAUGGAGGGUCAAAACCUGAGCCACAUGGAGGUGAGGAUCCUCGAAAUCGUGCCCACACAAGUUUGUUGGUUGUGCUGAUCAUCACUGCAGUUUCUACGCUGAUGGUCACUGCAUUCUUCCUCUACAAGAAGUCACCUCGUCCCUUACCCACAUUCGACAAUCCACUCUACAUCGACAGUGAACGAUCUCAGCCCGAUGUGGUUGACACCAAUAAACUGAUAGAGAAUGCAGAGGCAGAAAACCCUGAGCCUAUUAUAACUCUGUGAUUUACAAAGUAAAUGGGACAUACACUUUACCGUACUGCAUCCCAGACUGAUGUGUUUUUGCUUGUUUUUGUUUUUUUUUUACUUAAUAUGGUAUAUAUUCAGUUAUUUAACAAUAUGUCACUUAGUGCGAGUUUCAGUGAAGUUGGCAAUGUCUGACCUCAUGGAACAGAACAAUUUAGGCUCUAGGAUGUCUCAGUGGGAAUGACUGAUAUUUGAUUUUUUUCUUCUUAUCUAUGAUUGACUGUACAUAACUGUUAUAUGUUUUGCUUUUGCUCACCAGACGGUGUUCAUUGCUUGUACUCUUGAAAUGUGUAAAAAUAAAAAUCUAACUGCUUGUCACGGUUAAAUGAACAUUAAACUUGGCAUUACACAAUAAA